AAUGGCUCAAGGGCCUAGGUCUGAAACGUCAGCUUUCCUGCUCCUCUGAUCAUGCUUUGCUUGCUGUGUUCAUCCAGCUCUACACCUUGUAACCUUAAAUUAAUCCUGUCCAAAUUUGCUGUUCUUUGUCCUUUACUGAAUAACGUAAACACAUUUUUCCAGGACCAGAAACAAAGUCAGACCAAUGAGGGAAGCAAGUGCCUUGAUCAAAAUGGAUGAACCAAUCUUGUGUAUCUGUAAUCGAUUUCUCUCACUUAUUUGUCCUGCCCAUUUCUGGGAUGCGGUUUAUAAUGUUGCUGCUGGAAUCAGGAAAAUGAAACUGAAAGUAUUUCACUGAACACUGAUCACCAUUUUAGUGAGAGCAUCGAAAACGGUGAUCAUUCAAGAUGGAAGCUGACCUUUCCUGUGCUGUUUGCCAUGAUCUGUAUAAGGAUCCUGUCUUACUCGACUGUGAUCACAGCUUCUGCCGAUCCUGUAUAACCCAAUGCUGGGAGAAAGCUGACACUGCCUGCUGUCCUGUCUGUAGAACGGAGACUUCCUCCAGGACCCUGAGACCGCACCGCACUCUCUCCAACAUCGUGGAGACAUUUGUGAAAAGCGGCGGAGGCGGUGAAAUUCAGCAGGAAUGCAGCCGACACAAGGAGAAGCUGAAGAUUUUCUGUAAAACCGAUAAUCAGCUCAUCUGUCUAGUUUGUCAGAUUUCAAAAUAUCAUCAGAACCACCAGUUGCUGCCAACUGAAGAAGCUGCUGAAGAGUUUAAGGGGGAACUGCAAACCUUCCUGAAGUCAGUUCAGGACAAGAAGCAGGCAUGUGAAGCUGGAAAAAGUGGCUAUGAAGCAACAUUGUCCCACAUUCAGGACCAAGGUGUAAAGACAGAGAAACAGAUUAAGGCUGAAUUUGAAAAUCUUCACCAGUUUCUCCGUGAGGAAGAGAGGAUUGUGUUGGAAGAUCUGAAACUGGAGAAAGAGAAAAAGAGUCAAGAGAUGAAGGAGAGGAUUGAGAAGAUAACGAAGGAAAUCUCGUCACUUUCAGCCACUGUUCAAGAUAUUGAACAACAACUAAGGGAACAGGACAGCAUCACAUUUUUAACAAAAUUUCUGGAUAUACAGGAAAGAGUGAAGCAAACACUGCCAGAGCCACAGAAUGUUUACCCUUUAAUAAAUGUGGGCAAAUACAUUAGUUCCCUGCAGUACAAACUGUGGGAAAAGUUGCUGACCGUGAUUAAUACAGCUCCAGUCACCUUGGACCCUAAUACAGCCCAUCCUGCCCUUCUCCUCUCUGAGGACCUGAACUCUGUGAGAUACGUGAAGAAUCGGCUGCAGCUUCCCGACAAUCCGGAGAGAUUUGAUCGCUGUGUUUCUCUCCUGGGAUCAGAGGGAUUCACGUCAGGGAGACAUUCCUGGGAGGUGGAGAUGGGGAACAAGACUGACUGGGAUAUGGGUGUGGCCAAGGAAUCCAUCAACAGGAAGGGAGAUGUUGAACUGUAUCCGGGUAACGGAUACUGGACAGUGAUUCUGAGAGACGGGAAUAAAUACUGGGCUGGUGAGGAUUCAUGGAAACGUUUAGAGCUGAAUGUGAAACCGAGGAAGAUCCGAGUCUGUCUGGACUAUGAGGGAGGGAAGGUGUCCUUUUAUAACUCAGAGAACAAGACCCAUAUCUACACUUUCACUGAGACAUUCACUGAGAAAAUCUAUCCUUACUUCAGUCCAUUUCUUACUGAAGGGAAUAAAAACACAGACCCUCUGAAAAUCUGUCCACGGAGACUAAUAACCCAGGAGGACAAGGGAUUCAUCCCUUCAUCCAAAUAAAGACUCUUCUUGGAAGGAGAGAGGGGAAGAACCCACUCAUUGCAUCCCACACAUUGCAUCACUCGGUGAGGGAGGGUUAGAUCCAACACACUGAGUCACUGGGUGGAUGAGUGGGCAGACCCCAUUCUCUGAUUUUGGUUCCGGGGAGAGGAGGGUGAGGACUGGUUCUGGGGAUGGGGCUUUCCCCUGAGUCACUGUGUGAGCUGGUGCCUGGGGCGGAGUGGAGGCCUGAACCAACGGGACCCUGACUGAUGCUCGGAGUUGUCACUGCGUGUCCGCUCCGCCUGCUCUGCUCGAAAGAGCACAGGGGCCUUACCAAGGACGGGAGGGAAUCGAGUCUUUGGUUCCACCAAUAUGGGUUCCUGUCACUGGCUGGGGAGAGGGCCCGGACUGCCAUGGUAACUAGAAUCAAGGAUGGUUGAGGAAGUGGGCUGGAUGUCACUGGGAGAACAAGUCCGACAUGUGCCCUUGGAGAAGCAGCAGCUCAUGGGCAAAGCCAUUGAGAACCUUCAUGUGGUGCCUGGCCCUGGCUGUCGUCACGUCGUUCAUGGGGCUUAGGCGACUGAAGCUCUCACGUCGGAGCUGAGCCCUGUUCAGCUGGAAUUCCUCAUCGGUGCCAGACCCUGAAACCUCCCACAGGAGCUUGGUCCCCGACCUGAGCCUCUCUCAGAAAUGCUCCUUCAUGCCAUUUCACUCUGCACAGAGAGGCUUUCCUGAGUUUGCUCUUCCUCUUCCAUUAUCUGAAGGGACUGCAACUCCAUUUCUAGAUCCAAUUCAGCCCUAUCCUUCUGUCUUUGAUCACCCUGUACAGAGGGGACAAGGCAGAUUGGGAGACCUCUUCAUGGGUUUGCUCCUGGGCCUGGCCAAAGUGGUCCUCAGCUGCUCUAGCCAAUGGGCAGUCAACGGUUAUAUUUUCUCUGACUGUCUGACCCUGUUCCUCAGCUAGUCUGUCCCUGAGUGACCCUGGAGAUCAAGCAUAUGGUGUCCAUGGGUACAUUUCAGGCCUUCAGUGACCGGUGGGUACAGGGGGCACUGGACUGUGUCAUUUAUCCCAGAAAUGCCAUUUUAAUUCUAUUUAAAUUUCCUGUAAAGUCGUGCUUUUUAUCUGUUGCAGUGGGUCAGUAAUGCCACUUUUAAAUCAAGAUGAUAACAAUGCUGUGGCUUUAAGAAAUGUAUUUUAUCCUGGUUUCUGUGAAGGGAGAGAUUGAUUGAGAGGUGCUGAGCUGUCUAUAAUAAAGUAAACAGCUUGUGAGGUCUUGGUUUUUUUAAAUUUGGUACAAUAGAAUCAGCCUGGGUGGGUGUGCCAGCUCUCACAAAAACCAGGAUUUUUUGUUAUUUCAGCAGCAGUUGCUAUUGACAUCUCAAAGAAGUGGAAGUUAUUUUUACUCGUCUCUUGAUUACAGUCAAAAGGCUGGAGGUUUUGUUCCUGACGGGCUGGAUUGCAUAUGAGACAAAUCUACCUGCUGCAUUUGCCCUUUGCCAAGGGUGUGUUAAUAGGUUUUACUGUAUUAGAUCAGCCAAUUUAUAAUGGUUACUGUAUCUAUUAUUCUUUUUUAGUUUUUCAAUAGAGUUGGGUUAUUUGAAUUCCUUCUUUCUUUCAUUGUAUUUUAACUAAAGUGUUUGAAAAAAAGCUUUGCUUAAUGUUGAGACGUUUGAUCAAUUGAAUUGAAUUCCGAACACUGCACCAUACAUUAACCAUUAAAUUCAGAAAAUAUGAGGGUCUCGGCUACCUUCUUAAUAUAUGAAGAAGGGGUCUGGUCUGGUCUGGUCCAUAAAAAGAUUUCAUUAUUUUUGAAUUUUUCACAAAGUUACAAAUGGACCCAAACUGAAACUUGGGUUGUUGAGUCAGCAAUUGUAUGUGUAAUUUUGCAAAUAAAUGGUUAAAAAAGUAUGGAAUUAAAUGUUCCAGUUCUACCCGGUUCAUCAAGUGACUCUCUGGAAUCUCACACUUUGGAGGAGAUUACAGUGAGUCCUUCACAGAUGAAGCCUUGGUUGGUUUCGUUCCCAAGACAGAGACAGUCAUUGUGAUCACUGUACCCUGUUAGGUAAGACUGUCUCAGGGAGGGGUUGUUGUACAACAUCCUCUUACUGCAGUGACGUGUUGCUGCUUUGCUUCAAA